GAAAGAAGUCCUAAUUUAAAAUAGGGGAAGGUAGAAACAAGGAGGACAGCAUUGGGGAGAAGCAAAUGGCGUGGUGCGCAUCAAGAUCCCUAGCUGCGCCGGCGGUCGACCUAAGCGCCCUGCGCACCCGGGCCCCUCUCGUGGCAGGCCUUUGUUGCGUGUCCCUCGCAAGCUCCAAACUUUGGUGCUCCUCUCCUCCUCUCUCUCGUUCGAAGCCUUUUGCUUGCAUAAACGCGACUAUGGCCGUUUCUACUGCUGCAGGUAAAAAAGAAGCUGUUCAAACAGAUAAAGCACCUGCAGCAUUGGGACCAUAUUCUCAGGCUAUCAAAGCCAACAACCUUCUCUUUGUAUCCGGUGUUUUGGGUCUUGUUCCUGAGACAGGGAAGUUCAUCUCAGAUGGUGUCGAGGAGCAAACAGAGCAGGUCCUGAAGAAUAUUGGGGAGAUAUUACAAGCUAGUGGUAUCAGCUAUUCUGCGGUUGUUAAGACGACAAUUAUGUUGGCUGACUUGAAGGACUUCAAGAAAGUAAAUGAGAUCUAUGCGAAAUACUUUCCAUCCCCUGCACCUGCCCGUGCCACAUACCAGGUAGCAGCAUUGCCCAUGGAUGCACGGAUUGAAAUCGAAUGCAUUGCCGCCCUCUAGAACUCCAAUUCCAAGUCUCUUGAUUCUGCCAAAGAUAUCUUAAAGGAAUGAUGAAAAUCACGGUAUCUUUGAAGCCUUUGUUUCAAAAAUUGAUCUUUGUAUCGAUUUAAAACCUGUUGUUAAGCCAUCUGUUAACGGUUAUGGGUUUGUGGCCUACGGCCCAAUAGAAUUUGGUUAUGGUCCUACUGCCCACUUAUUGCUUAGUGUUUUUGGUCUUGGGAAAUGCUAGAUAUUAUGUUUAUUAUAUUAGAGGCAGUUUCAUGAUAUUUGCUUUUUAUUAUUUAAAUAUGAUAGAGAGGGAGUGGAGGCGCGUAACCCUAACCCCAUCCUUUCUUCUC